GGGCGGUGACGGUGACAGUGACAGUGACAGUGGGGCGGGAAGCGGCGUGUCCCGGCACGGAACGGAACGGAACGGAACGGAACGGAACCGAACGGGCCCACAACGGCCCUGGAGCCGCGGUGCCGGGAGGCGGCGGUGGGAGCGGUAGCGGUGCCUCGUUCCUUGAGUUCAGCCACGCUGGGCGCGGGCGCUUCUCCGUGUCUGGAGUAAGGUGUAGCCUCUCGAGAAGUUACUGUGCGUGCUGAGUUUUGUUUGGUGCUGGUUUCCGCCUCUGUCUCUUAACGGUACUGCUAAAUCAUAAGCGUGUGGAGCAAAAUACGUAUGCUCAUGUAUUCUUUUUUUUCUCCCCUUUGAAUGGCACGGUGUAAUAAGUGCUUUGUUCUACCGGUUUAUAUUUUGGUGUGUUGCUGCAGCCUUCCGAUGGGGAUGAAACCAGCUGUCAAAAGAUACGAAACAAGAAGUAAGACAGCAGAGACAGAGCUGCCGUCAUCCAAAUCCCGAGUCGAUUGGAGACGCACUAGAAGGGAGCUCAUACUGCUGGACAGCAAUGACGAAUCCUCAGCCACCUCUGAGGAGGUGGAAGAGUCUACCACAUCAGAAAGCGAAACAGAUGAAAAAGACCAAACGGCUGUGGAGAUCAGCCUUUCAGACCAGGAGGAGAAAGGCCACAGUGUGGAAGUAACAGAAGAUGGUGACGAUGAGUGCGUUGUGCCUGGGAAGCGUAAGAGGUCGAGCACCUCUGUCAUGUAUGACAGCGAUGAAAGUGAGGACAGUGACAUACUUGUUAGAAAGGUUUCUGCCAAACGCCGCUGUAUAAUAGAUGACGAUGAGAGUUCUGAAAAACAGCAGCCUGAUAAAACAUGCCCUACAGAGAAUGUUUCUACUAAUAGGAAACAGCAAGUGCUUGCAAAAUUGAAAGAACUUGCAAGACAAAGCGCAGCUCGGAGAUCCUGCAGCAGUGCAAAUUGUGAGGAUUCUAAUAGUGAAGCAGAAAUGGAAGAGGAACUGCUCUGUCGGUUGCCCCCCACACCAUCAGAAGGUAGUGAAACUGACAGUGGCAGCAUGAAAGAUUUUAUAGUAGAGGAAGAGGAAGACGACGAUGACGAUGAUAAUGACAACACAGAGCAUGUGAAGAGUGAAAAUCAGCCACAUCAAAAGCAGCCAAAUCCAUCAAACAGUGAGCUGCUGGCACAGUACAUCCCACAGUUAUCUCGCUGUGAUCAUUAUGUACACUUCAAAAGAAUAGUAAAGGCUUUCCUCAUAAAUGCAAUUGAUGACACUUUUCUGAGCUCAUUAUAUGAUGGAACAAGACAGAAGAAAUAUGCACAGGAUAUGCUGCUCUCACUUCAUUAUUUGGACGACCGCUUCAUUCAGCCACGUCUUGAGAACUUAAUCUGUAGAAGUCGCUGGAAAGAUCGAUACAAGGAGCGUGUGGAUUGUUACCCAGAUGUUCGCAUAAGCUUAAAAGAUACAAAAAAUAUGUCUUGUCAGGCCUGUGAAAUGAAGCGGUGUUGUAAGUUCAAUGUGUUGCUCUCUGGAAGGCUUUAUAAUAGUAAAACUUUGGAAGUGGAUGACUUCAUGUCAGAUGAUAAACAGGUUUUGAAGGUUGGCGUGGUGUGUGCAAAUCGUACAAGAGUUUAUCACAACUUGAAGCACUUCAAGUACAAGUUGUACAUGGGUUGCAGCUCUGUUGCUGAACUGGAUGGUGUUGAGGAUGAACCAGUCAAAGACACAGUAGAGCGGCUUUUCAGCCACUUAGAAGAGAGUGGGUGGAUUCAGAAGAGAUACAAUGAUCUUGAAGAUUACAUGGAAGAUGCAGACAAUUUUCAAGAAGAGAAAAUUGAUUAAGAGGUCAUAUAGCUCUUUGAAAGACAUCUUAAAAAUGUGAAUGGCCUACUUCAUCUGCAUGCACUUUAUCUCUGCCUGGACUUUGAGAUUUCUAUGUAGGCUGUUGCAUCUAAAUUCAUAUGCCUUUAAACUACUGUUUGAUAAUGUGCUGUAUCUUUUUUUUCUCAUCUGUAUCAAUAUAAACCCAAAGUUUUACCAAAUCAGUCCUUCCAGUUUUACUGCAUUAAUCACUUUAGUUUCCUACUGUUGGAAGUAUCAGUUCAUUAUCUAUUUACUUGUGAAAUAAAACUUCCACCUAUUUAUAUUGAGCUGCAUUGUAGGGAACGUAGGAGAUGCUGAGAUCUUUUGAAGUGGGUAUAUUUGGAAAGGUAAGGCUUUGUUACACAACAACUUAGGACUUGCAUCUUACCUUCCUUAUUGCUCAUUAUAUGCAAGUAAGUCCAGUCAGUUAGAAUGAUAGUUACAACAAACAGGACCCAAAUGCAAAGAUCUAUUUCUCCUUUGAGGAAUCAGUAUAGACAGUUGCAAGGCAACAGAGGAAAUAUUCUGCAGUCCUGACUACAUUUGCAGCACAGUAGUCAUUCCUCUCUUGAGAAAGUAGGUGAUGAGUCACAGUAUAGGCGUCAUACAGACUGAGUCUGGCUUAGCCAUCUAAAUGAGCACAUGGGCCCACAUUGCUGUCUCUGAUAAGCAGCUGGGGCAAUUUACUGAGAUUUUAAACAUCAAGUUACAUUGUGCAAACAUAAUGGCAGCAACUUGGAGUAACUGCAGUCCUAAGAGAAUGGAUUAAUAUGCCCAUGCAAGAUAAGCAAGAAUUCUUCCAGUGUAACUUAACAGAAAGUAGGAGUUAGUCAGAAACGGGAUGCGUAGCUUACGAGAAUUUCAUGAAACCCAAAUCAAGAGUAGAUUUUCGUGGAUUUAAGAAGGGUUAAGUAUGGUACUGUCCAUUCUGGAAAAUUGGACAUGAACUGUAAAUGUGCACUUGCAGCCCAGAAAGCCAACAGUGUCCUGGGCUGCAUCCAAAGCAGUGUGGCCAGCAAGUUGAAGGAGGUGAUUCUGCCCCUCUGCUCUUAUGAAACCGUACCUGGAGUGCUGCAUCCAGCUCUAGGGUCCUGGGACAGGAAAGACUGGAUCUGCUGGAGCAAGUCCAGAGGAGGGUCACUAAAUUGAUCAGAGGGCUGGCUGUAGAUAGGCUGAGAGAGUUGGAGUUGUUCAGUCUGGAGAAGGGAAGGCUCUGGAGACCUUAUUUCAGCCUUUAAGUAAUUAAAGGGGGCCUACAAGGAAGAUGGAGAGGGACUUUCUACCAAGGCCUGUGGUGACAGGCCAACAAGUUUUAAACUCAAAUAAGGUAGGUAUAGAUUGACAUAGGGAAGAAAUUCUUUACUGUGAGGUUGGUGAGGCACUAGCACAGGUUGCCCAGAGAAGGUGAGGAUGCCCCAUCCCUGGAAGGGUGUUAAGGUUAGGUCAGGCUGGGGCUCUGAGAAACUCUGGUCUACUGGAAGAUAUCCCUGGCCAUUAUGAUCCUGUCCCUUCCAACCCAAUUUUUUCAGUGUUUCUGUCCCUGUAUUUUGGGCUGCAUAUAAAAAGAAUCAGAUAUAGCCUGAGAUAAAAGUGCAAGGCACAGGGUUUUGAAUCCCAUUAGGAACUGUUCCUACAUCUUGCUGUAUGCACAUACUCUAUUAGUCUUUUGUGGCUGAUCAACUUAGUAAAAGAUACUGUUAACACUCUGAACCCUUUUAACAGGUUACUCUGUCAGCAGCAAAACUAAUGAAACUUGAUUUCUCAAAGAUUUGUCCAUAAGAAAUCCCCACAUUCAUUUUGCCACUUUACUGGGAACAGAUAUGCUGAUUGGGUAGGCAGCUGCUGCCAGGUGUAUUGCUUAACAAUGAACAUCUGCUGGCUUUUUUACAUAGAGACUGUACCUUAGAUUUAUCAUUCACUACCCCUUUUCCCACAUUCAUUGCAAGAAAUGAACUGCUUUUACUUUUUUAAGGACCUGAAAUCCAGCAAUGUUUCAAAUGCUAUUAGGGUGAGUUAGUAGCAUCAGUACUCCUUUGUACCACAUACAGAUACAAGGUAUACAAAACCAAGAUGAAACUUCCCGGUAAACAUAUUGAGACUUUUCUGUCAAGAAAACUUACAUUGAAGAUUUGGACACAUAAAAUUCUGAGGUUUAUAUGUCUGGUAUCUAUCUCCCUGGUUACCAAAGCUGAAGGUUUUCUUCUCUAUUUCUUUUCCUCCCUCAUCUCUGUUAUGAGAAUAUUGGUGGGAACACACCCAUCAACUUAAAAGUACUCAGGAAUCCAUCUUGAAUUUAUCCCUUUUAGUUAAAAUAAUCCUCCUUGAUACCUCACUUCUUUCUGUUAACAAAAUCUCUAUGGGUUGGUUUGCUUCUCUAGAACAUAACAUACAUUUGGUGUAACUUUAUUCUCACAAAGGAAAACGAUUCUGAAAUUAGUUCUGUACUAUGUAAUGGAGUAUGGCCCCUUAGAGCCUUCCUGACUGGUCCUACUUUUUGCUACCAUACAAAUUUUCUGAAAAGUCUCAAGACUAUGAUUGUUGCUUAAAAAUUUUGUUGUCAAAAUGAAUGGUUGAUCUCUCAUUUUGCUGCAUUUAAACUGUUCACUACCAAAGUAAAGAAUAAGUUUGUGAAAUUCUGGCUUGCUGAUUACAAGUAAUAUUUCAAUAAUGCAUGCAGUUUGAUUGAAAAUUGAAACGGUCACAUUGUUGAAUGAUUAGUUUUACUCAUUUUUUGAUAUCACAGACCUUGUUUCUCACCUCCUCUUCAUGGACCUAAAAAGCGUGUGCUAUCUACUUCUUGUUCCUGCAGGCAUUAUUUUUCCAGAUCAUUGUUUUUUCUGUUGCUAACAGGGAUACAAAAGUAUCCUGAUGGAAUUUCCUGGUAGAAGGUGCUUCCGUAGGUUUACUAAUCUUGUCUGUGGUAUUACCAGUGGGACUAAGAAAAUGCCUUAAAUUGACAUCACUGAUUUCUGUUUCAGUAAGAAGCAGCUAUUUGAUUUGGCAGCUGAUGUGAUGUUUUUGUGUGUAUUGUGUCUCUUAAACUCUGAUAUUCCCCUCACUGAGAUGGGAGGAAGUGAUAUUAUUUUUUGUGGCUGUUGUUCUACCUGAUGUGUUUCUACAAGACAGCAAAUGUGAAGUGUCAUUACAUCACAUUUACAUUUGUCUUCACCACAGGAAGUUAAAAAAUGGUUUAGAAGAGUAAAUAUGUAAAAAUUUAGAUCAAAUUUUCCAGGUCUGUCUGCAAAUGCUAGUACAGCAUGAAGCACAAAGAAGACUUACCCCUGAGACUUUCUAUAUAUAGAAAUAAUCAGUAAAAGUACUUCUAGAAGAAAAAAAAAGUGCAAAUAUCUAACGAUGGGAGUAGUUAGAAAUCUGACCAGUCUUUCGUGCUUUUUUUUCCAGAUCAAAGAAGUUGAGUGAAGUUAGGAGGUGAGAGAAUAAAAUGUUUGUUCCAGUAGGAUAUUUUAAAUUGGUUUUAGUGUUAAUUUUUGAAGCAGUAGCUCUAAUUAAGACGAAGUACCUGUCUUAAUGGAACAAUGAAGAGAGCUCAGUAUGCGAUUAGACUUUGCACGGGUGAUUAAUGAUCAUACUUGGCAAUUACUUUAGUUCCUGUAAUGUUUUGAUAAUCUGCUCUAGUUUAAAUUCUGUAACUGGAGACGGUGAUACUGAUGAAGUUCACACAAGGUAUUUAUGCACAGGAUCAGGCUUACUAACACAAUGUACUUGUGGGACAGGAGGUACUUUUUGCUCUAUAUUCUGUCCACAUCUUGCAGUGAAGUAUGAAAAGAAACGAUUUUUCUCCCCGUGUCCUUCAGUUUUUGGAAAGAAAGUUGUUUGCUAAUAGUAGAUAGCUGUUACUGUCACUUUUUCAACAGUGAAGGCUUCUCCUGUUUCCAAAAAGCUAUUUUUAGCACUUCAGCAGGCAAUUACAGGCAAUUCCCAUGCUUAACUCCUCUAGUGUACAUUUAUUUGGAUAAAUAAAGACUUCUAGUUUUAUCCUUUUUUAA